CAAGUGACCGCCGAUAAUCCGGCUGGCAAGGGAAAUGUAGGAGGGUGUGGUUACAGUGUAGUACUGUGCAUUGCAAGUAGGUGUUCGAUGUAUACGCGUAUACUGCUUCUUGCAGUUUAUAAAAAGCAGCGGCAAGGUAAUUAGCCGAAUGUGAAAGCACCGGAGGAGCUUUUGCUAGCGGUUGCUAAUCAGUGCAAGAACGUCUCAUCAGUAGCGGGGUGUUCUCAUCAUUAAGCGAGCCGGUUUGUUUCGUGUGUAAGUAGGUGGCCAGGUAAGAGAAGUCGUGAUGACUGACGACGUAUCAGAUGAUUCUAGCGACUUGGACUCAGGAGUCCCAGCACACACAAUCAAAUAUUUUCCUCGUAGCGGUCGUCAGAAAGGGCCAAGUAAUUUGGCUCUCAAACGCGCCAACCUUAUGUUCACAAUGGAAAAUGAACGCUACCGCACUAAGUGCCGUAAGCUUGAGCGCUUUAUGAAGGAUUUGGUCUUGGAGAGUGCAGCGCUGUGUGACGAAGUGGCACGCGUACAAGAGUCGAUCUUUGUGGCCAAAGAAGAGCGACGGUUCCUGCUGAAGAAGUUGCUCCAAUAUCGCCAGCAACGUGAUGGACCCAUUGAAACAGUGCGACCUGCACACGCCAGCGCACCAGCGCAGACUCGUAGUUCAUCGCCGCCGACUAUGGCCACACUUGGGGCUACUUUGGACAGUACCGACAAGCCGCAGGCGAAGUCUUCAAAAAAAGUCCUUAAACGCCGUAACACCAAGGAAGGGCUUGCUGAGGAAGUGCCAAGGGCGAAACGGAGAAAGCCUGCAGGAGCGGACAAGCGUCUUGUAGCACCUAUACCACUGGACUCAUGCGGUCGGCCCUUGUUUCCUAUUGUGCUGCCCGGUUGCAAAGUGCAUAGUCUUGGCGAGAUUGUCACUGAUCGUGCUGGAUUCCACUGUCAGGAGAGCCUCUACCCUGUUGGCUACUGCAGCUCUCGCAUUUAUGCAAGUGUUCUUAAUGCCAACCAUGCCUGCAUUUACACAUGCACCAUUCUGGAUGCCGGCACUGGACCUCGGUUCGAAAUCGUUGCAGAGGAUGCACCUGAGCGACCUUUUGUGGGCAGCAGUCCAGAUGAAUGCUAUGUUGCACUUCUGCGAGCAGUGAAUCGAACAUGUGGGGCAGAGGUAAUUGUGCCUGCAGCACGAGGUGCAGAUUUUUUUGCUUUGCCUCAUCCAACUAUUCAGAAUCUGGUCCAGAGUUGUCCUGGUGCACGCAAAUGCCCCAAUUACAGAUGGGUGCGUUUUGAGGUGUCACGCAGCGCGACUGACGAAACUGAGCGGCUUGACAGUGACCCCUACUUGAGCUAUGCAGCUUUUCGACAGCUGUGCCUUCAGCCACGACUGGCUGCCAUAGCUGCGGCUUCUGAGCCCAGCCUUCCUGGAGGAGUGACCAUCAAACAGGAGCCAUUGGACACUGUUUAGGCACAUCAAAAACAAAUGGGGCUCACCGUGAAGGCUUGAUCGGGGACAGAAUUCAGGGCACAUGAUCACCAGCAUAUACCAAGUGCUAGAGCUACAUCGGGACGAGGACAGAAGAUGUCAUGUGUGGUGGUACUUGCAGUACUGGCAAAUAAAGCACUCUCUGACCCUGACACCA